GGUAAAAAGAGGGACGACUCCAGCUGAAAGUGCCACUCUGACACUUUCAGCUAAUUUAAAUGUGUUAAUUCGUCAUCGGACUUUGUUUUUAAAGCAGUCACCAAUGUCCCCUCACAGAUAAAUCGCCGUCCCUUCACAAAUUUCCAAUUUAUCCUCGGUUUUGGCGGUUUGCUGACGUCCGGAGCCGAGUGAAAUCUUUGGCUCUGCCGCCCCCGAAGGUCGACCACGUUUGAUGAGGAUUGUUUUCCUUUUGUUACGCCGUGCGUCAUGUAAAAGGAGGAGGAGAACCGAAUUUCGUCCGAUUUGAAGAACCUCAAAUUUGUAAAAAAAUGAUGGCUCCGAGACUGGUGUUUGCUCUUUCGGCAGUUUUGCUGCUUGGCUGCAAAUUGAUCGGAGCUGAAAAAGAGCCUGUCGACGUGGAGUCGAUAGAACCUGACGUUCCCUCUGUGCAAGGAAAUUUCUUCGAAAAUGCGAAAACCACAGAAACGCCGUUGCUUGGUGACGUGGGAUUCAUCCAUGCCUUUGUGGCAUCUUUGUCGGUCAUCAUUGUCUCCGAGCUGGGUGACAAAACCUUCUUCAUCGCGGCCAUUAUGGCCAUGCGACACCCGAGGAUCACUGUGUUUGCAGGAGCUAUUGGCGCCUUGGCGCUCAUGACAGUAUUAUCAGCUGUUUUUGGAUGGGCUGUUACGAUCAUUCCACGAAUCUACACAUAUUACAUUUCAACGGCCCUCUUUGCGAUAUUUGGAAUUAAAAUGCUCAAGGAAGGCUACAGCAUGUCUCCUAACGAAGGUCAAGAAGAGUUUGAAGAGGUGCAGCUUGACCUGAGAAAAAGAGAUGACGAAUACGAAAGAGAAUCGUCUGCUGGAGCUGACGUUGAAGUCGGUGGGACAAGACGGAAGUCGACGUCCGUCGUAUCUGCUGUGUCAAGAGUUUUGAUUCAGUCCUUCACUUUGACCUUUUUGGCCGAGUGGGGUGACAGGUCGCAAUUGGCCACAAUUAUUCUUGCAGCGAGAGAGGAUGUAGUUGGUGUCACACUUGGUGGCAUCCUGGGACAUGCUCUGUGUACAGGUCUGGCCGUCAUCGGCGGCAGAUUCAUCGCUCAGAAGAUCUCAGUUCGAACUGUCACGAUAAUUGGAGGAAUUGUGUUCCUAUUGUUUGCCGUCACCGCACUCUUCUUCGACCCGACUUCUGAUUAAUUUAUGCGAACUCGAAAUAACUGGAGGCAAAUCUAAAGUGUGAGAGCUUAAUGGACACAGUGCAAUUUUUAGAUGACGAAUAAUAGUGCUGAAAUAUUGUUUAGAAGAACCAUUCUGCCAAAAUCAUAUUUGUGUUUCCGAGGAUUUUGUUGCCCCAUACUUCUUCAUUCAUUACUUAAUACACGAUUAGUGCUGUUAAUAAUUUUACUGAUUUAUGUGCAUAUUUUGACAAUGAUGAUAAAAAUCUUGAGAGAUUGUUAAUAAAUGUAAGAAAUAAAAAUUAUUUCUGUGAUAAACUUA